GUACUUUCCUUAAACCCCAGUUCAUAAAUAUUAUUAUUUGUUUUCGUUAAACGUCCAUUUUGUGUUUUACAAUGUUGUGGUUGUUAGUGGGUUUAUUAACAUUAGUACUAGUGUUGUACUUUUACGGAACGCGGACUUUCGGGUACUGGGCGAAGCGCGGGGUGAAGCACGAUGCUCCCGCACCGUUCUUUGGCACCGCGAAACGACAGUUCCUCCAGCAGAUAUCUUUAGCUGACAUUUACGACGAGAUGUACCAGAAGUAUCCCAACGAAAGAUUCGUCGGAUACUACCUCAUGACUACUCCGGUGCUGAUUCUAAGGGAUCCCGGAUUGGUUAAACAUGUUUUAGUGUCUGAUUUCAACCACUUUUCCUCCAGAAACAUGUUCCCUGUUGGCAAACAUCCUGAACCGCUUUUGAAAAAUCUGAUAACCUAUGAAGGCGAUCUCUGGAAGUUGUUGAGGCAAAAGAUGACGCCCGCGUUCACGGCCGGAAAGUUGAUGGCAAUGUUUCCCCUGAUCGUGGCGAGUGCCGAGAAGCUACAGCGCGUGGCGACCGAGGCGGCGGCAAGCGACGCCGAGGUCGACAUGCGGGACCUCAUGGCGCGCUACACCACCGACUUCAUCGGCGCCUGCGGUUUCGGAAUUGACACUGAUACACUCAGCGAUAAGAACAACAUGUUCACGUAUUUGGGUAAACGCAUAUUUAAACAAGAAAGGAGAGAUAUGAUUGUGGCGAUCCUUAAAUAUGCCAUGCCGAGUUUGAUGACCAGUUUUCACUUCUUUGCACCAGAGAUCGAGAAAGUUAUGAUGAAGUUGGUAAAAACCAUAAUGCAGGAACGGGAUUAUAAGAACUCGGGCAGGAAUGAUUUCAUCGACUCCCUUUUGGAUUUGAAAGAGAAAGGAAAAUUGAUACGCGAAUCUCUGGUGCACAAAAAUGCUGAUGGCACUCCUUGUGUGGUUGAGAUUGAGAUGGACGACGAAAUGAUGGUGGCCCAGGUGUUCCUGUUCUUCGCCGCCGGGUUCGAGACGUCCUCCUCGGCGACCAGCUACACGCUGCACGAGCUGGCGCACCAUCCCGAGCACCAGAGGAGGUGUCAGGAGGAAAUUGACGCGGUACUCGCGCGUCAUGAUAACAAAUUAUCUUAUGACGCCGUCAAGGAGAUGAAAUUUUUGGAAAUGUGUUUCAGUGAAGGCAUGAGGCUAUUUCCUUCCCUCGGAUUUUUGCAACGCAAAUGCAUGAAAGCUUACACUAUCCCGGACACGGACGUGACCAUCGACCCAGGGGUCAACAUCAUCGUCCCGGUCAAGUCGCUGCACCUGGACCCGCAGUACUUCCAGCACCCGGAGGAGUUCCGGCCGGAACGGUUCCACCCGGACAAUGUUUCCGCCAUCGACAAGUAUACAUAUCUGCCCUUCGGGACCGGACCGAGAGCUUGUAUUGGCGAACGUCUAGGCUACAUGCAGUCGCUGGCCGGUCUGGCAGCCCUGCUGAGCCACUUCUCUGUGGCUCCCAGCAUCAACACGCGCCGCAAGCCGAUCAUAGACACCAAGGUUGUGGGCGUUCAGAGAGUCAAAGGAGGCCUGCCCCUAGCCCUUAUCGCCAGGAAAAAGACCCAGUGAAGGCACUAAAGUGAAA